AUGAGAUGCUAAAAUCCUUACAAAAAAGAAUAAUAAAAAUUCUGCAAAAGUAGUUUUUAAUCAGAGUAUGAUAGCUGUUCUUUUACAUAAUUAUCUUGCUUUGAUACGAAAAUACUGGCAAAAUAAUUUGAUUAAUAAACUAAUGAUAGCUAAGAAUUAACUGAAAUCGAUUCUAGUUUUUCAGAUAAUGUUUAAAUGUAGGUAGAAGGAUUUGAAAUGAAUGACCUCCUUGCAAAAUUUGAGUGUAUUUCUAAAAACAACAUUAGUAAGAAUAUUAUAAAAUCUUUUUUUAGCUAUUUGCUUGAUAAAAAAAAUAAUGAUUUGCUUACAGAUUUCGUAGAAAAAGGCGUUUAGUUGACUUAAGCUCGUAAAAUGGCUAAAAAUUAUUUUAAAUCUUACGGUUUCAAUAAUAACUCUCUUAAUAAGCUAAUUUAACACCCUAAAUAUGGUAAGGCUUUUGAAUUUUAUUUGACUUUUGAAGCGGAAAUAUGGCUAGCUGGUAGUAAGGUAUAAUAAAAGGAAACUCACCUCAUUUACAUUGAUUUUUUAAAACUCUGCUGUUCUAACCUGAAAUACUCAGAUCACUUAGUAACUUAUAAAAAAAAUAAAAAAAGCAAAUUUAAUAAUAAAAUCUGA